UCCUGCUGUUAAAGGUUCAAUUCAAGGAAUGUCUGCUGCUGAAAGGAACAUGAAGGAUGAUAAGUGUAUUGGUCCUGGCAAUAGUCAGGCAAAUUCAAUGUCAGAAUUACCCACGAGCAACCAAGAUGAAAGUUAUCCUAUGCAAAGAUAUAAAGCAAAUAGAGAUGCUGGUCCAACUGAAGGUCAGAAAGGAGGAAGGAUGCGUUCGGUUGCCAUAAAUUGGGAGAGAAGAGGAAGAUCUUCUAACUAUGAGGGACAGAGAUCUCCUAACUAUGAGGGAACUGUUUCCAACAUUACCUUGGGCAAUGUUUCUGCUGUAAAUGUACCACCCGUUGCGGUAUGAACUUGUGUCUCUUCUGCAUCUAGCCUUCUGGUGACAUAGGAGUAAUGUUUCUUUGAGCAGCAGUAGACUUUUAUUGCCCCUUCGAUUCUCUUUCAGUUUCUAUUCUAUUUGUUCUUUUGGUGCAAUAACCUUGAUUUGUAGAACAAGUAUUUUUAUGAUUGAAUCAAUUUCAUUUUACUCCGAUCUUGAAUUUUUUGGAUGUGGAUUCUAAAUUAGACUUAACUGGACAGGAACUAUAAAUCUCUCUGCAAGGAAUGGAAGUUAGGAUUGGGGAAUUUCUUUAAAUUGAAAUUAUGAUUUAAUUCUACAUAGCAAGAGUACUUCAGUAAUUAAAUAAGAAAGAAUAUAAUAACAAUUGGAUAAUAAUUGAAUAAAACAGGUCAUUAUUGUAGAUUUUUGUAUGAAUUGAAAUUCCCAAAAUGGAAACAAAAGAAAUAUUUCUUUUGUUUAUGUUUUUAUAUGCAAUUCAGCUUCAUUGUGAUUGUUAUCAUUCCUUCUUUUGUUUUUUGAAAUCAUUAUUAUCUUAGAUGAUCUAUAUUUUUCUUCUUGUGGAAAUGAUUUGGCUAGUGAUGGUAGCGCCUGUUGCACUUUAUACUUUGAUUGUCCCCCACUCUAGUUAUGAUCUUUAACAUUAGAAUAGAAUGUAUAAGCAGCUAUAUUUUCUUCUUUGUUGGAAAUAAUUCUCUCACAACAAGAGGGGAACCUGUUUCUGAAUUUUUAUUGAGGCUGAGGUGAGCUUAGAUAUGCUUAAAGUCCUGCUAUUUACAUCAACCUCCCAUGGAUUUACAUUGUUUGAUGUGCUUUCAAGUUAAAGUUAACACAAGCAGCUAUGGAAGGCUUGCUUGAAUGUCUGAUUCACAGCAUCUCUCUUUCUCUGAGACACACGC